CGCCCGCGGCGCACCAUGGCGCCGCCGCACACCCCGCCGCGCUGGCUGCCGCUCCUCGUGCCGCUGCUCGCCGCCGCCGCCACCACCGCGCACGCCUACGUCGAAGUGGUCCACGAAACGGGCUGCCACGACACGCAGCUGCGACUUACUUGCCGUAACUUGGAGUCCACCAUCGCCAUCUUAGAGGUGUACUUCUCGCCGGAGCGGGAACAGUGCGCGCCUGACAACGAGACGACGUCACUGUCGCCGUCGACAACGCAGACGUCGACCGCAAGAGAGCGGGCGGCCGCCGAGGCUGCCGAGGAGGCCACGAAGGAAGAACUGUCGCCCUACAUAGUCCGGCCAGCGCUCAACAGGCGGUGCUCUGGCCGCAACACGUGCAGCUUCCUGCUGUCGGAGGACUGCCCGGACUCCAGCACAUGGGGCCCCGGUCGACUGCACGUCACGUACGCCUGCGCAGACCGAGCGAACGUGACGCGGGCGUGCGGCGGCGACGUGGUGUCGGCGGACAGCGGGGGCGGCCUGCUGCAGACACCGGCCUACCCCAGCUACUACGUAGGGGAGCUGGACUGCCACUGGCGGCUGCGUGCGCCGCCCGGCAGGGCACUGCGGCUGUCGCUGCUCGACGUCUCGCUCAGGGACCGGUCGAAGAGUGACUCCGAGUGCCGGGACGUGCUGCGCGUGUCUGAGGGAGAGGGCGAGCGGCCGCUGUUCGAGGAGUGCGGCGAGCUGCCGCGCCUCCUCAGGCUCAGCUCCGCGGGCAGCCAGCUGGCCGUCUCCGUCCUCACCACCUCCAAGACGAUCUUCGUCCGCAGGGGCGUCCUCAUGUACUACGCCGCGGUGGGCUGUGGAGAACCGCCGGCGGCGCCCUCUGACGGCUACCGCGCCUCGGCCAACGCGACGCAUGCGCAGUACCUGUGCUUCGUGGGCCACGUAUUCGCCGACACGCACCACCGCGACCUGAUGCUCCGCUGCGACGCCCGCACCGGCUCCUGGGCGCCCGCGGCGCUGCCCGAGUGCGUCAACUCGACGGACUCGUGGACGGCAUUGAGGUUGAAUUCAGCGGAGGACAACAGUACACUGGAAGCGUCUUCAGUCCCAAAAGAGUCUGAUCUCAUGAUAGAUGUACUCCUGCCGACGAUGAUCAUUUGCGUCCUGCUGCUGGGAAAUGGAGUCAUCAUUUUCGUUAUUUUAUAUCUAAGAAAGCGGAAACUGCCGAGCGGUGGCGACGAGGACCUGGGCGCCAUCUGCCAGCCACAGGACACCGCCAGCGUCAGCGACCGCGCCAUCUGCGUGUGACCGCCGGCAGCCUCUGCCUGCUCUACCGGUAGCCCGCUCUACUCUUCUGCCACGGCGCGGACUGCAGAGGCCGCGACAGCCGACACCUGAGCGGCCGCCGCCGCUACCCAGCUGUCAUCUCGGGAGGACCGUCCUCAUCUUCGCUACCAGGUCCCGCGCAAGUAGUCGCUCUACGGUGCGGGCCUGCCCAUUCAAUUAGUCUUAUGCACAAAACUAAGACUUUGUACUUAUGUCAAUAAACUUCUAGUUUUCACUGUUA